AUGGGACAGUCUUCCUCAACGCAACGAAAUCAUCGUCACAGCAUCCCCUCAGAACGCUUUUUCUCUUUUCACGCGCAUCGAAGUCGGCUAGAUAGGAAUGAAGAUAUGAAUCAAAGGCACAACUCGGAUCAAACGGGGGAUGUUCAUUCCCCACCAGGAAUGGAAGCAGACAACAGUGGAAUUCAGCAUGGACCGACAGGGGCCGAACAGCCUGAGACACGGCAGCCCAUGAUGUCCUCACUCGGCGAGCAGCAGCAGAUGGGAAGCAUGCACGAGGAGGACGGGUCGCAGUUAGGACAAAGCCAGCGGGACAGUCGCUCAGCCAUCUUCGCUCGUAUGGCAGCGAGAAGGCAGUCCACCAUGUCUCGACUGGGCUCCAGGAUCUUACCCAACUCCGUGAUCCGUGGUCUACUAAGCAGCGAAGAGGAAACACCAGCAGAAGGUCACGCUCACCGCCAUGGCAUCGUUUCAAGAUCAGUCCCCAGAACUGAAACUACACACAGCAGCAGUCGGUUCAGCCCGUUCAGUGGGAUCUCCAGGCGACGCUCUGCACGUGGGCCCUAUUAUAUUCCCCGCAGUGACCCCCUUCUUGACCCCUCCAGUCCUGGCGCAUAUCUCGCCCCACCAGAAAAUGGUUCUGAAGCCACCAGAAGCCCGUGGAGGCGCAGUGCUCGACUGAACCGUAUGCGAAAUUCAAUUUCGGGCCCGAUUACACACAUGUUUGGACAGUCAUCGAACAUUUCAGGCCAGAACCUGGGACCACCGCCGCAGUUACCCUUGGGAUCACUUCCUGGUGAGGACCAUGAAGGCCUUCUUCCAUACCCAACAGCUAUGGAUACACGGAUGGACUUUGAUGAGCCUCAUGAACUCGAUUCGGUGGAACCGGCAGUGGGAAGCUCCCGGCCAACCUCUCCCAUGUCGCAGUCAGCGCAGGGUUCUCCCGGGUCACGACAACUUCCGGAUUCACUGCGGGUAAGGUCAUCACGCAUGCUGCGCCGGGAGGAACAAACACCUUUAUCUCGUGUACUUCAGCUGGCAGCUGCCGCCAUUGCUGCCCAACUUUCUGGAACGACUGGGCCUGUUAUGCCCAACAUUCAAUCUCUUGGGAAUGAUGGCCUGGAUGGCUCGCUUGAAAACUUUAUCCAAAGCUUGCAGCAUGCGACGUCUGCCCAGCAGCCUACUCAUAACGAUGCACCGACUCCCGCAGGGGAUACUGCUCCCCAAACCCCAGUCAACUUCUUAAGGGUAUUUCGAUUUGCCAACUCGGACAAUGCUCGGCCCAGUGGACCCGCAGAUCGCCCAAGUGCGGAUAGCGAUAAUGCAAGCGGUACUGGGACACAGAUGGAUGUUGACGGUCCUACCGAGGGUCCGGAAGGUCGCACGGUCACUUUGGUUGUGGUUGGGGUUCGCUCAGUCCCGUCAGGUAAUGGCUCCACCGGUGAACAGGGCGGCAAUGCGGCUCCUGGGCUCGAUGCACUGCUUCGUCUGCCAUUUUUGACGCCUGGAAACCUGUCACGGAGUCAGGAUAGCAAUUCGACUUCGCCAUCACGUGGUGAAGGCAGACCGAGAUUACCGCAGCUUCGCCUUCGACCCCGCAGCAAUGGUUCAAAUAGCAUGGGUGAGCCGUCUUCUCAAGGCCAUUUACACCCCUCGCGACGGUUCUCUGAUACGGCAAGCCGCGCUCCGCUCACAUCUGUCCCUUCUAUUCUGUCGGAGAGUCCUCCGGGGCCUAAUCCACCCCCAUCAACGCCGGCUGAACCGGGACUAUCAGCCGUGUCAUCCGGCGCCUCUACCCCAAGUCGAAGGCCGUCUGCCGCGUCCGCAAUCCCUCCCAGCGUCCUGCCUCAGCUUGACGAGAAUAGGGCAUUGCAACCCACGGCUGAGUCGGUCGAAGACGGCAUCCCGCCGACAGCAACACGACAACGACGUCGUAGUGACUCUGAGUAUGCGCGCCAUCGUGAAUUAGGAUCUGGUGCGGUCAGACGCAACGGCGUGGUAGAACCUGAUAACGGCACACCCCCUACGGGCAGAAGCUGGUUGAUCUAUGUUGUUGGAACCAAUCUGUCGGAAAAUCAUCCUGCCUUUGCUACUCCGAGCCUGUUCACAGAUAACCCAACAUAUGAAGACAUGAUUCUGCUCUCAUCUCUUCUCGGGCCAGUUAAACCACCCGUUGCUACUCAGGACGAUCUCACCUCCGCUGGUGGCAUGUUCCGACUUGUCGAAUACGGAGGUACCCUCAUUGCGGAGGCUCUAGAGGGCACUGGUAACAUUCAUCUACCCGAGGGUGAACGUUGCUUGAUCUGCUUAAGUGACUAUGAGGUGGCCGAUGAGCUUCGGCAAUUGAACAAGUGCAAGCAUUUGUUUCACCGGGAUUGCAUAGAUCAGUGGUUGACAACAGGCCGUAACUCCUGCCCUCUGUGCCGUGGCCAGGGUGUGGCCGAAACCUCUAAUGCUGGACCGGCCGCAGAGGCGCCGGAUGUAACAGCAGCCUGA